CAUCCAUUCAUUGGGCCAACCGUUGCGGGGCGCCAAGGCCCUGACGUGGGACGGUAGGCCCUGACAUCCCCUCCUUUCGGCCCUGAGGUACCCCGGCCUGGUGGCCCCAGGACGUUCCCGUCGGAUGGCGGAGUGCUGUGAACGACGCCCAUGAAGCCCGUGGUCCUAGUUGCGCUCCUGUGGCUAUGGCCUUCGUCCUUCCUGGCGUAUCCAACCGCCACUGUGUUGCCUGAUGAAGAGCAGAACUUGAAUCAUUAUGUACAAAUUUUACAGAACCUCAUAAUGAGUGUUCCCACCAAGGAGCAGGGCUUUGGGAGAAAGUUUAGGUCCUCAAGAACUGUGGAUGGUGCAGAGGCGAGGUCAUUGUCAUCUGAGAUGUUACUCACCCCUGGGUUAGUCUCCGCUCAAGAAGUCACCACCCCUGAGACCGAAGUUAUGCUGACGUCCAUGGUGGAAAAGACAACUUUCCCUAGUAGCGGCUUCACGAUGGAGGCAGAGAAGAAAAGAACCCAUAGUAAAGCAUUCUGGUCCAUCCAGCCAAACAAUGUUUCUAUUGUUUUACACACGGAAGAACCUUAUAUUGAAAAAGAGCCGGAACCGGAACCAGAACUGGAAACAGAAGAGGAGUCGAGGCGGCUGGCAACUGAGCCUGAGCCGGAGCAAGAGUCUGAGUCGGCGCCGGAGACUGAAACCCGGCAAACGUCAGAGUCCGAGGAAGAGGUAGAGACUAGCACAGCACAAAAUAAGUUGCGAACGGGGACUUCACGGAUAUCAACCGUGAUCACCCAGACAACUAACAGCCAGGGAACACCUAAUACUGUAACAGUAAAGACCGUCAACAACGUGGAUGUCUCCACAGAGUCCGAGGAUGUGCCCCAGCUCUCGGGCCAGUCGGAAAUCCUGAAUGUUGAAGACUUACCUGGACAUCACUCACUGAGUACAAGACAUGAGAAUAUUUUGAGAAAAAUUUCCAAUAUUAAUUCCCAGAUUCAUCAGGGGCUUCUUAAUGACCACAGCAGUCCCGCGUACAAGGAGUUCAUCAAGGCCUCCAGGGAGCAUCUGAAACGGAGCCUGGCCCUGGCCGCAGCCGCUGAGCACAAGUUGCAACAGAUGUACGGAUCUAACGUCUUCCUGGACGAACACACCAGCGAGCCAGACGAUGACAUGGAAGUGAUUAUCAAUAUGCUAUACAAUUCCAGAUCCAAGUUGUCCGAUUAUUUCACUAUUAACCAUGUGCCAUCAGAGCUGAGAGAAAAGGCUACCGUUGUGAUUGCUGUGUUGAAAAAAAUAUUAUGUGUAGAUCAGGUAGAAAUGCAGAGCCUCAUUAGGAAGCUGUUAAGCAAUAAUAUGAAAAUCCUCAAUAUUCUUAAUGUCCCAUGACCAAACCCAUUUAAGCAAAGGGCUUGUUCACAGGAAAAUAAGCAUAGUGAUUUCAAAAGUUGCCUAAAAUAUUUUCUACUAUAUUUCCAUGUGCUAACAUCCUUAUGUGUCAUGUCAUAAAAUAUUUUCAUAUGCACUAAAAUCCUAACAAUUUUAAAAUAAAAAUUUGCUUCAUGA